AUGGGCAUUCUGAUAGUCACCUGGGUUCUUUUCCUCCUCUUUUUGGUCAUCUAUGCAAGAAAUGAUUGCCCAGCUUCUGACUGUGGCUACAACAGCUUCAGCAUAAGGUUUCCUUUCAACGUAGGACAACAACCUCAAAACUGUGGCUAUCCAGGUUUUGAUCUGAGUUGCACCACGCAAGGUAUUCCAAUCCUUAGUCUUCCAUACUCUGGAGAUUUUUAUGUGCGCGAUAUCAAUUAUCUCACACAAGAAAUACAGCUCUAUGAUCCAAAUGGUUGCCUACCAAGACGUCUUUUCAACCUAAACCUGUCGUCUUCUCCUUUCAUGGCCGCUUAUUCUCGAAAUUACACCAUCCUUAGUUGUUCUUCAGACCUCGUCAGGUCUAAGCUCACCGCUAUUGAUUGCCUUAGCAACUCCACAACGUCCAUAGUAGCUAUUUCCCCGACUCUUGCCAGAGCAAUGAACAUGUGUGCUGUACUUGUUACUUUGCCAAUUCCAAUUUCUUGGCCGAAUGAAAAUGAGGUUGGUUUCCAAUCUAGACUUGAUGGUGAUCUUCUAUUGUCUUGGGAUCUUCCAAGUUGUUCAGGUUGUGAAGCAAAAGGCGAAUUUUGUGGGUUUGCAAAUAGCACAAGCCGAGAGAUCAUCUGUUUUGAUCCUGUAACAGGUUCAAGAGGUCUAGAAAUCUUCAGAAUUAUUGCGCUGUCUGUUGUUAUACCAGCCGUUUCUUGUUCAGUGAGUCUAUAUUGUUACAAAUGCGUGGCGGAUAUGAGAGCCCGCAGGCUUCAGCGGGAGAAUAAUACCGCAGCUACGAUAGCACCGCAACCCACCACGGCAGUGGCGGUGGCGGUGGCAGGCCUCGAUGAUUCCACUAUUGAAACCUAUGAGAGAGUAGUUCUUGGCGAAAGCCGACGCCUUCCAGGGUUUGCUGAUGUUACUUGCCCUAUAUGUCUACAAGAUUACCGCCCUAAAGACGCAAUCAGGUGCAUACCCGAUUGCCGCCACUGUUUCCAUGCUGAUUGCAUUGAUGAAUGGUUGCGAUUGAAUGGGUCAUGUCCAGUUUGCAGAAAUUCUCCUAGCCCUGCUACUCUUUAA